AUGAACACGACACAGUUCGACAACGGGGAGUUCUGGCUGCUGCCUCAGCAAGAUACCUCACUGGUUGUCUCCUCCAUCGUGCUGCUGUCGAUAUUUGGGAUUGGUUAUACAGCGUUGGCAGUAAUCAUGAUCUUCUAUUAUCCUUUGGAUCUCCCGAAGCUCAUAUUCCAGACGCUCACACUCUAUACGUACCUUCGAAAGGGAUUUCCGACUGCGAUCAUCUACUACUACUCCGUCCUGUUGCUUUGCAACUGGCUCGUAACUUGCUAUCGAAGCCAGCGCUACGUGUCCGAUCCAGAUUUGAUCAUUGCUCGCCUCUACUACACCUUUGACCUUUUCUUUGCAGUGUUUGCACCUCUCGUGGUUCUGAUCUACUUCAUCUACACCUUCAAGUUCGAUCGUGCAGAGUUUCUCACUCGUAUGGAAAGUAUCACCCCUGGGUCUUUUGAUAUCGUCGCCCGCAUCUUCGGUGAUCCGUCGCAAAUUUCGAGCUUUUGCAGCGCGUUCCACUACUUGCAGUUCUCGUCGGGCACUGCGCUCUUCUACAAGUCUGCUCUGAACGUUCUAUCGAUAUACAAGUGGCGGAAGAUCAUCAUGACGUUGAAUCACAACCAUCACGAGCGACAAAUCGAACGGAAACGGAAGGCUCUGAUUAAACCGGUCGCGCGUGAAUCACGCACGGGGAGCAUCAAAGCCGCAAUCACGAAAAAGCUUUCCGAGUCGCUGUCGAAGCCCAAAUUCGGGAAGCAUUUUGUUCCCAAGCUUUUUCUAUCGCUUAUCUUCUUCGUUGCAGGUGUCUGCAUGUUUAUCUAUUCAGUCGGCUCUGUGCAGUCCACUGUGGAGUUGUGCAGCAAGUACGAGAAGUGCGUCAUCCCCAGCUACCAGUGGAAUUUCAAUGAGAAGCACUGCACCUGCCUCGUGUUCGUAGACCGCGAGACUUCGCCCACAAAAUAUUCCGAUUGGAUCGACCCACCAGACACCACGUCGAAUCUUGCAGAACUUGCCAUCGCCGGAGAACUACGAAUCGUCCAAAUUAUUAAUCGUGCGGUCCCUGAAUUACCAGAAGAGUUGAAGAAUUGCCGCAACAUCGAGCAAUUAAUCCUCGUCUACACCAAAACUACAGCUCUUCCAGCUUGGCUUGCCGAGUUCACUCAUCUCGAAUACUUCCACCUCGAGGGCGACUACACAAGCAGACGACUCACAACCAUAGCCGACGGCAUCUUUAACAACAUGCCUCACCUCACCUUCCUCCACUUCGGUGGAAUCCCCAACGUUGAGAAGAUCCCAUCGCUCGCAUCUCUAAAGCGCUUACGCUAUCUGACUCUAGCGGUCUUGGACUCGCUCAAGGAGUUGCCAAGCUUCGAAGGGCUGUCCAAACUCGACGACCUCGACAUCGUUCACGCGCUACGAGCCCCCACUUUACCUUCUCUGGCCCCCCUAACGAGCUUGAAAUCCUUGGUGAUCCGAGCGAGAAUGGCUGUCUGCUGCAACGGCUUCAUUACUGGGACGUGCAACAUGACCGAGUCGCAGUGUUUGCCCAUUUCAGGUGAAAAGUACCCUCUCACCUGCACGGAUGAACGAAUCUCAGCUGAGGAUAAACUAUUACUCGACUCGUUCGGAAGCUCAAUCUGCCCCUCCGCGCCUCCACUCAACCGAGAAGCAAUGGCCCCCAGUAAAUAUACGACGGAUGAGCUCUGCAAUGGAGUGAAGUACAAGGAAUGCACCCUCAAUGGCAAGCAAGGAAUCUGCUUUAACACCAGGAUGAUGGUCAUCCAAUGCGAAACGACGUCCGGGUAUAUUGCGAUGCGUAAACUACAUAUCCAGCGUGGCGUUGGGGACGCUUGUGAUCCGAAUGUCGAGGCUUGGCUAGGCUGUAGUUAA